AUAGGAAUGUUAACCCAUUCUUGUCUAAUGUAGGAUUCUAGUUGCUCAACUGUCUUAGGUCUUUUUUGUUGUAUCUUCCGUUUUAUGAUGCGCCAAAUGUUUUCUAUGGGUGAAAGAUCUGGACUGCAGGCUGGCCAGUUCAGUACCCGGACCCUUCUUCUACACAGCCAUGAUGCUGUAAUUGAUGCAGUAUGUGGUUUGGCAUUGUCAUGUUGGAAAAUGCAAGGUCUUCCCUGAAAGAGACGUCGUCUGGAUGGGAGCAUAUGUUGCUCUAGAACCUGGAUAUACCUUUCAGCAUUGAUGGUGUCUUUCCAGAUGUGCAAGCUGCCCAUGCCACACGCACUAAUGCAACCCCAUACCAUCAGAGAUGCAGGCUUCUGAACUGAGCGCCGAUAACAACUUGGGUCGUCCUUCUCCUCUUUAGUCCGAAUGACACGGCGUCCCUGAUUUCCAUAAAAAACUUCAAAUUUUGAUUCGUCUGACCACAGAACAGUUUUCCACUUUGCCACAGUCCAUUUUAAAUGAGCCUUGGCCCAGAGAAGACGUCUGUGCUUCUGGAUCAUGUUUAGAUACGGCUUCUUCUUUGUACUAUAGAGUUUUAGCUGGCAACGGCGGAUGGCACGGUGAAUUGUGUUCACAGAUAAUGUUCUCUGGAAAUAUUCCUGAGCCCAUUUUGUGAUUUCCAAUACAGAAGCAUGCCUGUAUGUGAUGCAGUGCCGUCUAAGGGCCCGAAGAUCACUGACACCCGGUAUGGUUUUCUGGCCUUGACCCUUACGCACAGAGAUUAUUCCAGAUUCUCUGAAUCUUUUGAUGAUAUUAUACACUGUAGAUGAUGAUAUGUUCAAACUCUUUGCAAUCGUACACUGUUGAACUCCUUUCUGAUAUCGCUCCACUAUUUGUCAGUGCAGAAUUAGGGGGAUUGGUGAUCCUCUUCCCAUCUUUACUUCUGAGAGCCGCUGCCACUCCAAGAUGCUCUUUUUAUACCCAGUCAUGUUAAUGACCUAUUGCCAAUUGACCUAAUGAGUUGCAAUUUGAUCCUCCAGCUGUUCCUUUUUUGUACCUUUAACUUUUCCAGCCUCUUAUUGCCCCUGUCCCAACUUUUUUGAGAUGUGUUGCUGUCAUGAAAUUUCAAAAUGUCUCACUUUCGACAUUUGAUAUGUUGUCUAUGUUCUAUUGUGAAUACAAUGUCAGUUUUUGAGAUUUGUAAAUUAUUGCAUUCCGUUUUUAUUUACAAUUUGUACUUUGUCCCAACUUUUUUGGAAUCGGGGUUGUAAAUAAUGGUGCGAUUAGUGAAAUAUAGUUGAUGCCUGUAUUUAAACAUUUGACUUUGUCACUUGUAGAACGUUGUUUGAAGUCUGUUUAUGGAUUUCUUUUGGGGUGAAAAUAUCAUUUUACUUGAUAUUUGUAUUUGCCUUAAUACUUGAGUACAAAACUGAAGAGUAAAAUUUCAGGCAUCAAACAUGUUUUGGCUGAUUGAAUUUGGAGUAAAUGGAAAAUUGUGUAAAUUACGUUUAUUAUUUUAACAAUACCUGAUUCAGCAUAUUAGUGACAUCAUAAAAACAUUGUUCUACUCACGAAUCUAAAGUACAGUAUAAAACAUUAAGUGAUUUUAUUACAAACCACUACUCCUUGUACUGGCCAAACCAGACUACCAGGUUUCUAAAAACACACUGGCUCUGGGUCCCAAAUUUGUCUAUGGUUUACCAGUGCCUUGAAGAGUUCUCUUAAUUGCUAGUUAGCUGAUACGUUUUUUUUUUUAAUAUUCACAUUUUCUAAACAGGCUGAUCAUAAACACUUGUGUACUAGAACUCGAAAAAGUCAAAUCUGAUUAUCAGCCAUCUGUAGAUGUAUGAAUAUUUUGGCAGUAAACUGCUGUUUUGUGCUUAUAUUUAGAGAUUGCAGCAUUUAUUUAUUUUUUUAAAAGCCUUUAUUUGUCAUGUAAACUAGAGCACAGUGAAAUUCUUUCUCUGCAUCUAACCCAUCUGGGGAUAUGAGCACGCACACACACAUGCAGAGCAGUGGGAAGCUGUGCUGCAGUAUCCAGAAAGCAGUUGGGGUUAGCUGCUUUGCUUGAGGGCACGCUACCAUCAGUAGCGGGAGGAGAACGUGCUGUUCAUUGUUCACUUUGUAGAAUCAGGGAAAGUGCUACACUUGAAAUUAAGGAUUUUCAAAGGGAUUUAUCUCAGUAAGAGCUUGCGUGCAUAUGACUCACUUUCAGAACAUAUUCUGGCCUUAAGUGCUGCAAUGGAAAUUUACUGACAAAGGGUUCUAGGUUCUUGGACUGAUUACUAGGUGAGAAACAAUAUGCAAAAUUUAACCAAGAGUAAUAUUAUAUAAAAGUUGGAGAAUUGAACUGAACAAUUUUUCCCCCCCUGCUCAGUUAAUCAUGUUUUUAACAAACAUGUCUCCUGUAAAUGUACAGGGUGUGUCUGUUCAUGUAUGGAACAUGUGAAUAAAGACAGCUCUGAUGUUAUGUGCUGGAUGUCUUCUGUAUUUUUACAAAAAGAUGUGCGUUAUUAAAGUCCUUCUCGGUUGCGCUUGAGUUCAAUAGCAGUGAGCUUUUACACCAAUCUAGCUGAAAGUUCUGGCUCCUAAUGGAGGCCUGUAUGCAGUUCUAUCAUUUGUAUCUUGAUAACCAGUUCUUGUGAAGUGUUUCUGUCAAGGCCAGAUCAUUUUUACACCUUAUGUACAUCAGUACUCCGAGGUCCUGGAAGUUUGGUGUCACUUUAUAGUGAAUCCCCUUAAUAAUGGAAGUUGAGGCAGCUGUAGCAGUACAGAGAUUUAAAGGUGGCAAAAUAAAUCUUGCGCUACGUUCACACUGCAAGGCUUAAUGCUCAAUUCCGAUUUUUUUGUGAAAUCCGAUUUUUUUGUGAGGUCGUUCACAUUAACAAAUAUAUGCGACUUGUAUGUGAUCCUCAGUAUGAACGAAAAGCGACCUAAAAGUGUUCCACAUGUGCAUUGCAGGAUACGACGAUGUCACACGCAGUGAGCAUGGCCAGUGUUUACGGAAGUAAAACCGCCCGGUUGCGGUAUGACCCAUCCAAUCUAGCUUGAAUAGCUGUAUCCCCCCAAAUGGAAAUCAGCUCCCUAACCUCUGCGUCCUUCCAUUGAGAAGAUUCAGAACCUUCACAGCCCGACGCGUCCCUCGCAUUGAUGUCAUGCGCAGAGGCGCAGAUACGUUUUUUGAACUGGGGGCGACAAAGCUGCCAGCAAACCAACCCCAACCCCGAUAUGCCUGUCAAACUUGUUGUGGGUUACCAUAGCAACCAAGCUCGAGCUCGCAACCUGUGCAGUCUGCGCAGCUCAACCAACCGAAUAUCAGUCUUUGUUUUAUGUGAGUUGUUGCAACUAUGUAUACACUGCUGUGCACCUCAAUAAACCGAAUGGUAAUUAGUCUUUUGAUUUUUCCGUGAGGUUUGCCUUAUGCAAAGAAAGACAGCAUAGACGUUUUUUCCUCCCUAUAAGUGGGGGGGGGACCGAACGAGGUGAAUUUAAAUCUGGGUGGGACGAGUCCCACCCUUUAUCUGCGCCCGUGAUUAUGCGCCAUGUUGUUGUAACUUUUUUUUGAGAGACCCGCCGCCUACUUCAGCGCAGAAUAGUGACGUUUGUGGCUUGUUGAUGACGUGUAAGUCGGAUGAAUGCGACCUGGCGGUUCAGACUGAAGUCGCAUAUGAAAAGAGCGGAUAGGAAUCGGAAUUAGGACCACAUAUCCAAACGGCCUGGGUCGGAUUUGAAAAAAUCGGAUCGGUGUCGUUCAUAUUGUCAAUAAAAGAUCGGAUACAGGUCACAUAUGGGCGAAAAGAUCGGAUUUGAGUCACUUCAGCCUGCAGUGUGAACGUAGCCUUAGUUUCCAUGCUCUUUCACUAUGGGGGGAGAAAGUACAAGUAUAUUUAUGUUCCUCAAGGUACAAUAUAAUGUGUAAGCACUCUCAAAGGCCUACUACUGAAGUUACAUCAAAAAGUCAUUGUAAACUUCACGAGGUACAAUAAAGGUACCAGAGAUGUGGUGUUGGACUUACCAGCCUAGUUUAUUUUAUCUCACUACCCAGGAAGAAUUUUAAGUAGGUUCUGACUUCUUUGGCUCAUUUUAAUUAAAUAGAUUUUAUCCAAAUCUCAGGACUUCAGUCUAAUUUGCGUUUUAUUUUAAUGGAUUGUUCUGAAUUUAUAUUUAGCACGGCACAUCUAGUUUGGGUUCAAUGGGUGGAAAGGUCAUGAAUGAAAUCCUAAAUGACUUCAAUAAAUGAAACUAUUGGUCCAUAUUUGAGUGUGUCUAAUAUUUGACGAGUUGGACUGGACUGUGUUCAUAAAUUGAACGACUUUUUAUUAAGCAUAAGGGAGUCAAUGGAUUCCCCCCACCCCCUUUUUUUUUUUUUUUUGAACAUUUGAAGCAUUGCUGUGUCACAGCUCCAGGGUUUUUUUGAUCCUGAGCUUGGGUUACUGUUCACUGUGUUCUGUCUAAAUGGGCUUCCUCUGGUGUUGUUCUUCCCUCCCAAAAACAUCCCACAAUGGUGAAUUAGUUUUCCUAAAUUUGCUCCUGGUGUGAAAUGUGUAUCUGAAGCACUGGAAUUGAGUGGGGUCCCGUCUAGGGUGUAUUCCCACCUCAGGUUCAGUGGAUAAGCCAGAACCAUCUGACCAGGAUAAAGCUGAUGAUGAAUAGAAGGGAUUGCUGCUGCUGAAAAAAAAAAAAAAGUUUGAAAAAAUUACUGACCUAACUUAUUGUUCUUUGAUUCCCUUUUACCACCAAGGCAGUUCAAGGACUGAUUCAGCGCUGGAGCCUAAUCUCGAACCAGUUAUUCACAUUUCGUCAGCCAGAGAAUUGGCUCUCGACCAGGCAAACUUACUCAAGAGUAGAACCAACACUUUGCUGGUCAAGAACCACUUGGUGCUUGGGGCAGGAUUAUUUUUGACCAACAAAAACUUUGUGGCUUCCAUUUAGAAGUGUAACAUUUUGUCUGCAUAAUCCAGUAGUCCACUGUUGUUGUUGGGCUUGGUGCUAACAUGGCUGGAAAAAUGACAUGGCCCUAUCGUGGGUCUCUCGCUAGUGACACUAGCACCAAGUUCACGUUGGUGGAAAUGGGGUUCCCAGUCCUGGCCCAUGAGAAUCUCCAGUCCUGCACAUUUUAGUGUUAUCCCUGUACUCCAAAACACGAGUCUCGUAAUUAUUUAAUGAACAGCCUUUUCUGAGUUGAAGUGGGUUUGUUCCAGCAGGGAAAACACUAAGACUACGUUCAGACUGCACCCUGAAACGACCCAUAUCCGAUUUUUUUUGCCCAUAUGCGACCUGUAUCCGAUUUGUUAUUGACAAUCUGAACGACACCGAUCCGAUUUUUUUUCACAUGCGACCCAGGCCGCUUGGAUAUGUGGUCCUAAUUCCGAUGCAUAUCCGAUAUUUUCACAUGCGACUGCAGUCUGACCGGACAGGUCGCAUUCAUGCGACCUACACGUCAUCAACAAGAGACAAACGUCACUAUUCUGCGUUGGCUAAUCCCGCCUCUUUUUGGUGGAAAACAUUUGUACAGUUUUCAGAAUUUAAAUAGACUUUUAUAGAAUUGAUCAAGCUAAUGGUGGAUUUGGUAGGGACCUGGAUGUUUAUCUGUUAGCCUGAUUAAAUAACAGUUUCUAUAACUGAUUUAUAACUUAAACCAUCCUGUAUUACAAGAUUGUUCUGAAAAUUUCCAGUAAUUUGACACUUUCGGUCUCUUUCGAUUAUGUCUUAUAUUGAAUAUUGUCAGUUUUUUCUUUUUUAUCAGACAUCUACAACCCUUCGGUCUCAUUAGUCUGCUGUUAAUCAGAUUAUUGUGAGAGUUCCGCCGCCGCCACAAAAACCACAUCGCCAGGUCUCGCCUCAUCUCCAUAGCAAACUGCACUGGUGUUUCUGCACCUUGAGCCAGCGCUGAGAGAAGUUGCAGAAUUCAGCUGGCUAUAAACAAUCUAAAUAAAUAUUUAUAAAAAUGUAGAAAAAGUUUAUUAAUAUGACGAAAUAAAUAUGUGCAAAUUAUUAAGCCUGAAUUAAGAGUUUGGUAAUACAGCGGCCGUAUCCCAAAUGACUGCCUACUGAAGCUCGAGUGCACUAUAUAGAGAGUUUAAAAAUCCAUUACUUCCUAGUAACAUGUAGUGCACUUAUAUAGAAAUUAGAGAGACACUUAGGAGUCAACCCUCGUUACCAGGCUACACGUUUUCAUUUCAGUUCAGAAACAAAAACACACACGAGACCUCACACUUUAACACUAACCAGAUAAUUAAACAAACAAAAAAGAAAUCAUUAAACAUGAGUGCGCUUUUUUUUCCGUAUUACGUAGAUGUGCUUAUUAUGUGUCAAUUUGCACAUGCGGGACACUUUUGGGUCGUUUUCCGUUCAUAUUGGAGAUCGCAUACAAGUCUCAUAUAAUUGGUAAUGUGAACGGCCUAACAAAAAAAUCAGAUUUCACAACAAAUCGGAUAUGGGUCGUUUCAGGUUGCAGUCUGAACGUAGUGUAAAAUGUGCAGGAUUGGGGCACAAGUGAAUAAAUUCCCUUGUCAGUUGUUGAAAUCUUGUAUAAAGUCUAGCUGAUUUUUUUUUUUUUUUUUUUUAAAUUUAAAAAAGGCUCCAUACGACAUCUGUGUUUUGGUUUUAAAGGGAACAUCUUUGGUAUAUUUAGGAGCAAGAUCAAUGUAAUUCUCAUUUUAUAUUAAACAUUAGUCAAAUAUCUGUCACAUUUUGUGCAAUCUCUUUUACCUUGCACAAUACCAGAAAAAUUCAGUUGAAAUCAAGCCAUUUGAGGCGAAUUCGUCUGCCUCUGAAAAAACUUGGCAUUUGGAUUUCCCGGCAAAUAUUGAUUUUCGUGACGUCACGUGCGGCCUUCUGAAUCCCAUGUCAGCGUUGGUUUGUUUAUGAGAAAACGACCUGGUGGUUUUCUGCAAAUUUCUUCAACGUUAUCAUGUAAUUAUUAAAAUGGUUAACAGAUGUAUCGUAGGAGGGUGUAGCAACACCAAUGUUGAUGGGAUUAGUACUCAUCGUUUUCCAAAAGACCAGACAACGAGAGAGAAAUGGGAGCGCUUCGUGCGAGGCACCCGGAAAAACUGGCAACAUGCAACAGACCACAGCAUCAUAUGCGGGGCUCACUUGAUAAAGCCCGAUGACUUUGAGAACUAUUUGCAGUGGGAAAUGGGCUUCAAGAAGCAACUUGAUCUGAAAAAAGAUGCAGUUCCAUCUGUUAGAACGCCCAAAGCAACACCGUCUCCAUUUGUGUCAGCGUCACCAAAGGAGCCAGCCGUGUUCGUCUCCCCUGACAGAAGGCGAAGCGCCGCAUCCACUGAGGCCCUCGAAGCCAAGGACCAAGCAGAGCCGAGAAAAAGACAAAGAAAAUCGGCAAUUCACAAGUUGACUGUUGCCAGGGUAAGAAAUAAGAGAGGCUAUACCAGGCCCGGCGCCAGGAACAGUUUACUAAGGGGGCAAUUAGAAAUCGCAAGGGGGCAAAUAUUUUUCAUAUAGUGUGUAGUAGUGAUGGCGGUCUGACAACGUGUUUCAAACAAUUAACUGCGCCAACCACAAAACCACGGCCCCGAAGGUUGCUUUAGUCCGGGAAAAUCAUGUGACAUAUUACCAGGGCAGUUGCGCUUUAUCAACGCCCGUGCCCACCUGUUAACCCUCCCCUCCAAUUUUCUCACAGACAAACCGGAAAGAUGCCAAACAUAAAACAACACACACAAACCUACAGGCAAGUCCUUUAAAUUUAAAAUACAUAUAAAUAGCUCCGUGGCAUGAAAACAAAACGUCAAUGCAAGUCUAAGGUACUUGGCUCGGCGGCCAAAAUCAUAAUUUAAAAAAAUCAACAGACCCCGCGGCUGCACCAGUAAUAGCCUUCCUGACUCGCACCGAGUCAACACGAACCACUUAAUCCGCGAUCCCAGUUUAGGCGUAUAGGGGACAAAAUACUCUGAAGUGAUGAAUUUUCACCCCCGCUGCAUGGGGGGUGACGUCAACGACACAUAUUCUUACGCUGUUUACGCACAAAGCGGACCAUAUAUGAACACACACACCAACAUAAACGGAGAUGAACUUAGCCUACAAAGAAAGAAAAUGGAUUCACAAUAUUGAUUUAAUUCGGUGGGGGAAAGACACUUCCUGUAAACUUGACUGCAUAUUACAGGAUAUUGCAGAGACCGUGCACUUGUCAUAACAACCAAUCAGAUUUGUUCUACCGUGCUGUGAUUUAUGUGAAAUGUAUUUUUGUGCAAUGCGCAACCACUUAAUAUUUCGUAUUUGAAAAUGCAAAUUAUUAAUAUGUCUAUAAUACAUAUUUUCAUAAGAAAACAAGUGAUCUGAUGUCUCCGUUGAGGGGGCGGGGCUGUAGCCACGAGGGGGCGACGCCCCCUGUGUUUGUCUCUCAGCCUACUGGCGCUUCCGCAGGUGACGUCACGAAUUUGGCUCCAGACUCCCUUGGGAUUUUUCCAGACGUGUUUUGUUAUUUUAUUUUUUUCUGCUGUAGACAGAUGGCCUUGUACAAAAUUACCCUUCUGGAUGAGUGUGUAAAGGGACAUUCUUUCAUAUAAAAAAAACACUAAAUUGGUCCAGGAUAUGCACUUUAAUGAAAAGCGCUGAUUACUUCAGUCCCUCGAUAAUCAUAAACGAUACCGCGUGCCCUCUUGUGGACAAAGGGCACAUUGCAAUUAAGCAACCGGAAGCCGUUCAGCGGAAGUUCCUGCAUGGUUUAAAAGUCGAGCGGCAUUUUUAAUUAGUUCUGAGUUUUAACAGGUUUACAUACUGAAAUCCUACAGGAGGUCGUAACCCCAAGGUUGAGAACCUAAAGGCAAACUGAGUUCCUUCAUCUUGUCUCACUUGAUGAACCUUUUUCUCAGAUGCAGUCUAGUGUGAGUACAGUUGCUCUCAACUCUGGCACACAGAUUCCUCUCUUGGGUCUGGGCACAUACAAGCUGCACACUUAUGGAGAGCUGUACAAGUCCGUCAGUGUUGCCCUUGACGCAGGCUAUCGUGCCUUUGAUACGGCUGCAGUAUACGACAACGAAGGUAAUCUAGGGAAAGUCAUCAGGGAGCUCCUGCCCAAGCAUGGCCUUGUGCGUUCUGAUGUGUUCCUCAUCAGCAAACUUGGCCCGGAAGACCAUGGUCCCAGAGCCAAAGAUGGCUGCUUGAGGAGUCUGCACCAGCUGGGUUGUGAAUACAUCGACCUGUAUCUGGUGCACUGGCCUGGAAUUGCAGGUUUAGAACCAACAGAUCCCCUUCAUGCCAAGUAUCGCUUGCAGAGCUGGGCUGUCCUGGAGGAACUCUACAAUAGUGGGAAGUUCAAGGCCAUAGGGGUCUCGAACUACACUGUGAGACAUCUUUUAGAGCUGCUAGAAAGCUGCCGUGUGCCUCCAGCAGUGCUGCAAAUGGAGUGUCAUCCGAAACUAGUUCAAAAACAACUCAGGGGCAUAUGCAAAGAGGCAGGCAUUCACUUCCAAGCGUACUCAUCUCUCGGAAAGGGUGCGCUCCUGGAGGAGCCGGAGGUGAAGGAUGUGGCUGAGAGCUGUGGACGAACUCCAGCUCAGCUGUUACUCCGGUGGGCCAUUCAGCAAGGCAUCUCUGUUCUGCCUCGCUCAUCACAGCCACAAAGCGUUCGAGAGAACAGCAGGAUCUUUGACUUUCAGCUGAGCGAAAAAGAAAUGCAGAGACUUUGUGCCCUAAACUGUGAAACUAGAUAUUGUAAAAGAGAUUCAACCUCUAUUCAAUAAUAAAUUUGUUUAUAAAAAUUAUUUCUGUAAUUGAGCAAUGAUUCAGGGGAUUAAAGAGCCCUGAUAAUCGAGUACUAGAUCAGUUUAGCACAGUAUAAGAUUAAACACUGUAGAGUUUGAGUAAUCUCAGCAGCAGUUAUUGAGAUCAAGUUAUUCCACGAAAUCGAGUCGUACAUGAGCUGAUAGCCGACGUGGCGCGUAGCGCUGACGUGGCUAUAAGCCACGUACGAUGAGAGUGAGUGGAAUAACUGUGUUAUUCUAUCCACAUUCACUAGAAUUUGAGAAAGAGCAUUUUUAUUUUUUGCAAAUUUGAUGGAUAAAAACUGUACAAAAUGUCCGACGCAAUAAUUUCCGCUUAGAAUGUAAACAAACCGGCGAAAUGACAGUAGCAAUUUGUGAAAAAUGCAAUAAUUCUUGAAAAAUGUAAAAAGAUACGUUCUUCCCAUCAAAUACUAUUAUUCCAAAUUUUGUUGCUUUUUUUUUUGUAUUCUAUUUUUUGGGGUUUUGUUUUUGAGUACUCUCGAGUUCCGAAUAAUAGCGCAGUUGGGAAUAAGAGUGUAGGGCGGCAAAAUGGGCAAAAAUUAAUAAGAGUGUAGGGUGGAAAUAAGCAUGCAGGUCGGAAAAUUCUCGAGUUUCGAAUAAUAGUGCAGUUGGGAAUAAGAGUAUAGGAUGGCACAUUAGGACAAAUAUAAUAAGCGAUAAGCACACUUGUAGUCUAGAAAAUUAUGCUGAACAGAUCUUGGAGACCAAAUAUCAAUUCAGUAAACAGACAAAUCAUAUCAUGGCUGUCAAAAUUUCUUGUUCGUGUUCUUUUUAUCUAAAACAAACAGUUCCCAUCACCAUGACAUCUGAUGGCCUCGUACCUACUGGUGUCAAAAUGGGUACAAUCCGAUGGAAUAAGUGCACAUGAAAACUCAUCCUUCUCCAUGACUGAAACAUUGAGUAAAUAGCAGUUUGUCAUAAUGAGUAGUUAUGUUGAAAUUGACAACUCACAACAAUAUUAUCAGUCAGCAAAAAUGGUAAAAUUGCUUUUUUAUCCAAGCAAAUAAACUAUUAGACAUUUAUGCACCUCUUGAGGCCCUUGGCCCUAGUUCCAAUGUCUGUCGACCUUGACCUUACCAACCUAGAUCCGAUUGUGAACCAAAAGCGACAGAUGUAAUAUGCAUGUCAUUUGGGGUAACAUUAAUUCCUAGGACGUAUCUGUAUUUGUAAAUUUAUACUGUCAACUACCAUACUUAAGACUCAUUGAGUGUUUUAACCUUAACCAAGUCAAAAGUUGUUGACUGUUGCUUCCCGGCCAUUUCCGUGAUUAUGGUCUAUGGAACCGGCCAGGACCCGAAAAGGGCCAGCAAUAUUGAACCGCUGGCAUAAGUAUUUAAUUACUUGGAAAAAUUGCAUUGUAAUUCACUUCUAUGCUAUUAUAUCUCAAGAAUAUGCUACCUUAUGGAACUGGAUGGGUGAAAUUCAUGUCAAUUUUCGGUGGAUUGAAAUCGAUCAUAGAUACCGUUGUUUACCACCGGCAGUGUUGUUGGUGUAUCGGCGGUGCUUCGUUGUGUCUGCGCAUGUGCGUAGUGAGUCGUCUGUGUUCAGGUGUUAUUUUCGCUCAUUCGUCACACGUGCUUGUAUUGACAAAUAGAAUAAGCGUGUAGGCCCGAAUAAGACCGUGCAGGCGGGAAUUUUUCGCAAAAAUAAAUAGCCGUGCAUGCACGGUUAUUCGGAACUCGAGAGUAGAGUUUUUAUUUCAUCCUCGGUCGGUUCAGCAACACGCUCUGCCAUUUUGUUUUUCUCUACUCACGGUAUAUGAGCUGAAUGCCUAGUAGUCGAGUAGCCAAUCAGAGCACGCGAUUGCUCAUAUCCAGUGAACGUGGAUAAAAUAAUGUUCUAUUAUCCUUUGUUGAUUGUAAAAUGUCAGUGUGAGAGUUUCAAAACACAUAAAAUGUCUGACACCUGGUUAAAUAAAACCCUAAAUGUA